AUGUGUUCAUUGUUCCUGAAAGAGAAACUCAAAGAAGAGAAACAGGAAGAAAUUGCUAUUUCUCCAGCAAAUAUGUCACAGGGUGUGUUGACAUUCAGGGAUGCAGCUUUGUUCUUCUCCCAGGAGGAGUGGGAAUGCCUGGACUCUGCUCAGAGGGCUUUGUGCAUUGAUGUGAUGUUGGAGAAUUACAGCAACCUGGUCUUUGUGGAAGAAUAUUGCAAGUGUGAUCCUGUCCAUCAACAUGUGAAGACUGAAAAGGAGUCUUGUCAGUGUAAUGAGCUUGGCAAAGUGCUUCAUGACCCCUCCACUUGUGCACUUUAUAGAACAAGUGAAACUACAGAAAACUCCAAUAACUACACAUGCAGUAAUGACAGUGAUGCCUCUGUUGACUCAUCAAACCCAGACAGACAUGAAAGCAUGCACACUGGAGAAGAACCUUGCCGAUCUAAAGAGUGUGAGAAAUCUUCAAAUUUGUGUUCCAACAUUACUCAAGAUGAGAGAGUCUACACUGCAAAGAAAGAGUGCAGACAGGAAGGUGAUGAUUCUUUGAGCUCUGCAGCCAGGCUUUUGCAACAAACAAUCUACACUGAAGAAAAUGCACACCAGUGUGGGAAAUGCAAGAAAUGCUUCAGGACUGACUCUGACCUCGCUGAUCAUGAGAGAAUUCAUCCUGGAAUUAAACCCUGCCAGUGCAACAUUAGUGGAAAAUCCUUCACUCAGAAUUCUGCCUGUAUAACACACCAAAGCCUUCAUACUGUGGAAAAUCCUAACACAUGUAUGGAAGGUGACAAGUCCUUUACUUGGAACUCACAAUGUAGAAGACAACAGAGCAUUCACACUGAAAAGAAACAUCACAGAUACAUGAAAUGUGACAAAUUCUUUGCACAGGACUCACAUCCUAGAAGAUGUCAGAGAGUUCAAACUGGAGAGAGACCUUACAAAUGCACAGACUGUCACAAGUCCUUUACCCAGGACUCAAAUCUUAGAAAACAUCAGAGAGUUCAUACUGGCGAGAGACCUUACAGUUGCAAGCAAUGUGACAAGUCCUUUACCUGGAACUCACAACUUAAAAGACAUCAGAGUGAUCACACUGAGGAGAAACCAUACAAAUGUAUUGAAUGUGACGAGUCCUUUACCAAGGUAUUACAUUUUAUAAGACAUCAGAGAGUUCAUACUGGAGAGAGACGUUAUAGUUGUCAGGAAUGUGACAAAUCUUUUACCUUUUGCUCAGGUCUUAGAAGACACCAGAGAAUUCAUACUGGAGAGAGACCUUACAGUUGUGAGGAAUGUGAAAAAUCUUUUAACUGUUCUUCAGGUCUUAAAAGACAUCAGAGAGUUCAUACUGGAGAGAGACCUUACAGUUGUAUGGAGUGUGACAAAUCCUUUAUCCAGGUCUCACUUCUUAGAUCACAUCAGAGAGUUCAUACUGGAGAGAGACCUUAUAGUUGUUUGGAAUGUGACAAAUCCUUUACUGGUUGCUCAGAUCUUAAAAGACAUCAGAGACUUCAUACUGGAGAGAGACCUUACAAAUGUAUACAAUGUGACAAGUCCUUUACCUGGGAUUCAGAUCUUAGAACACAUCUGAGAAUUCACACUGGGGAAAAGCCUUACAAAUGUAUGCAAUGUGACAAGUCCUUUACCUGGAACACACAACUUAGAAGACAUAAGAGUUCACACUGAGGAGAACCUUACACAUGUAUUGAAUGUGAAAAGUCCUUUACCAAGAUGUUACAUUUUAUAAAACAUCAGAAGGUCCAUUCUGGCAAGAGACCUUGCAGUUGUAAGGAAUGUGACAAAUCUUUUACUAGAUGCAAACUAUUAAAACAUAUCAGAAUAUUUGUAUUGGAAAGAAGCCUUACAACUGUCAAGACUGACAUAUCCUUUAUCCAUAAUACAAUUCUUAAAAUAUAG